AUGGCAAAUACUACAGGAAUUUCAGAAAAAACUCGCGCAAAUCCUGGAUUUAGUAAAGGGACUGACGAAUUUAGGCACUAUAAUCAAAUAUUGGAUAUUAUAACUUACUCAUUCUGCAUCAUUGGAAUUAUACUGAAUUUCUUUGCCUUUGGUAUCCUGCGUAGGAAAGCAACAAUGGGUGUUCUUCUCAUCAAACUUAUUCUCAUUUCUGAUGGUCUUGUCUGCCUUUUCUACCUAUUGAACCAAACGUGGACAGAUAUUUGGAUGAAGUAUUUUUCAAAUUCAAUGGUGUCCUUUCAAUAUUCCAAAAAGUCAAUUCCAACCCACAUUUCAAAUAUCCUGCGAAAGCUCGCUAUUACAGCCACUGGCGUAAGCAAUUGGUAUGUUGUGAUAAUGAUAGUUCAUCGGUGUGUUUCCAUAUAUAUGAACCCUCUUAGAAGCCGCAUUGAUCGAUCGCUUUGGGCGUUUGUACAAAAACCUACAAAUUUGUGGAUUGCUUUUGGGGCAUGCUGGAUAUUUGGUCUAAUUCAAGCAUUCCUUCUGCCUUAUAAUAACCAAAUCACUCUUGAUGUGUUUAUGUAUGUCCUCCCUCUGAUUCUGGUGUUCAUCUUUUCUGUUUCGUUGCUGUUCAAACUGCGCAAGAUUCACACGAACACUGAUCCUGCGAAUACCCCUUCUAUGUGCUGUUUUUCUUUACACGGCGUUAACAAGUCCCACAAAGGUGAUUCAGAUGAGACAUUUACUCAAAUAAGGCCCGCCACCCUUUCGGCUGAAAAUCGAUUACGAUCGUCUGAAGAAAUUCAAACUAAUCCCUCGACCAGAUCGAAGAGAAUGCCUGCUGAAAUGGAUAGAAAGAAAACGUAUCAUCGAAUAACAAUGACGAUAUUGAGUUUGGCUAUUUCAUUCGUUAUUUUGGAUUCGAUGCAAUUAAUAGACCUUCUGAUUCGAAUUCCAUGGGAUGCAUUGCUUGGAGGAAUUGAACGGGUUCCUGCAAAUGAAACCGGUUUGGAUGUAUAUGUGACUGAGGUAAAAUCGAAGUUGAAGCAGCAUGUGAUGAGUAUUGUGAAAAAUACUUGUACACUUGGAAAGACUCUUGCUAAUUUCAUUAUUCUCUGUGCCCACAGUCGACAUUUUCGAGUACUAGUGUCGGUAAAAUUUAGACGCUUUCGAAGAUUUUUCAAGGUGUUCAAAUAUCGAUAUUCGCGAUCUGCUCACGCACCUCAUGGUGGACGAAAUCUUUGGUUCAUUCCAUCAAUCAGAAGAAGCACUAUUCAUCACAAACCUAAAGAUGCUAAUAUUUUUGUACAUACGUAUCCGGACCGAAGUCCAUCCAGAAUGAUGAAAUUAAAAAUGCGUAAACAGAGGGCUUCCAGUUCCUCAGGAAGCAGCUUGGCGCAUUCACUAUUUCGUCAAAAACGAGGCGACAAUGAAGGAUAUGUCGUGCACAAAUUUCGAAAGCCCCUUAGAAAAAGUGAUCUGCCUCAGAUAUUGAUUCAAUCUAAAAGUCGUGACAAUGGAAGUCAUAUCAUGCCACAAAAUAAUCAGGCACAAUUAUCGAAGCAAAAAGAACUGGGAUCGACUUUAACGAAGAACAAUGUAAUAACCAUUGAGAGGACGAUCCAUGAUGAUUAUUUCCAUAAAGCAAUGAAGCAGCAAUUUGCCUCAGCUUCAUAUCAGCAGACAUCGAAUUCAAUUGUUGAAAAUGUCGUUGAGUCGGAUAAUGAGAAGUCCAUUUGCACUAUUUGCGAGAAUAAGCCAAUGAAUUUUUCAUUUGACUCCCUUUCACUCGUCUCUAAUCUCACUUUCCCUGGAGCAUUUCGUGCGCAUUGCUGUGAUUGUCAAAAAGUCAAAGCCUCUGAGAUAUGUACCAAGUCCGCUUGUUGA